AUGCAGGAUUCUGGCUCGGUGCAGCCGCAGCAGCAGCAGCAAUCGGUGGACAUGAGCGACUACAGUCGCACCGGACAGGUCAGCCCCGUGGUUCGCAAGAGACCGGUUCAGUCCGACAGCGACUUGGCUGAACAGCCAUCAAAGUCGCAUCGCUCAGAGAUUGCUACGCCAGUGCAGCCACCUGCAGCCCCGCCCUCGGCACCCCCGACGGUUUCCGGCGCCUCCAUGACUCUGUCGCAAGCCCAAGUGCCCAUGCCUGCCCAGAGUGCUCCGCCGGCCCAGAUGGCGAACGGCAUGCCUGGCGGCGUAUCGCAUGCUUUGCUCGCCAACGUGACGUCUCUGCCCAACGGGACGCAGUCGCUCAACGCAUCGCCCACAACGCCGCAGAACGGCUUCGAGUUCUCUCAGGCACAGGCACUGCCAGGCAAUGCCGUUGCACAGUCCAUGCCCUCCAGCCCGUCUUUGCACCAGCACCGACAUGCGCGCGGAGGCUCGCUGCAGGACGCCAUGACGAUGUCCGCUCCGAUCGCGCAGAACCUGGGCAACUCUGAGGUCCAACAUUAUGGAGAACGCUCGCAGUCCAAGAUCUCACGCAGCGCAUUGCAGAUGUCGGCCAUUUCCAGCUCCAGCACCUCUUACAACCAGUCUGCCGUCGACUCGGGGCCUUCGUCGCCCGACGACUCGUUUAGCAAUGGCGAGGAGAGUGGUGACGAAGGCAACCAGGCCGACGAGACCGGGCAACAGCCCCGCCUGACCAAGCACCGUCGUCACCGAAGCAGUGGUUUCUUUUCGAGCGGCGCGUCAUUCGAUUUCGGGGCGCCCGAAGAGAACGGAGGCGGGGACUCCUCUGCGGCCAAUGGCGACAAGAACGCGCCGACCACGGCCCUGUCUCCCGAGCUGCGCAGUCAGCUGGAGUCGAUCUUCCACAAAUUCCUCACGGCCGUAUGCUCGGAUCUGGAGAUUACGGACGACAGGGGCGAGCUUCUGCACCAGACACUGAUGCCCAAGAAGAUGGCUAGGCUGGAUGAGUCGCCCGACUUUCGUCCGUUCAAGUUUCGUAUCCAGGCCUUCACCAAUGCCUUUCAGGCAGAGGUGUACCGCAAUGGCAUCAGCGAGUCCGAAUGCUCGAUCAAGAAGAUCAAGCAGUUCCUCUGGACGCAGCCCUACAUCUCGCGCUUCAACGAGGACGGCAAGAAGGCCAAGUCCAAGGGCAACCACAUCUGGAUCGUCGAGGCCAAGAAGAUCCCCGAGGGUGGAUGGGAGUUCCGCGAGUUCACGCGCAAGAUUGCUGGUGCUCCCGAAAAGAUCGCAUACGUGGGCCUCAAGUGGACCUGGCCUCUCAAGGUGUGGGAUCCUCAAGCAUCGUCGACGAGCAUCAAGGCAGUCUUCUCGUGUAACCAGGUACCUUCUUGGAUCCAUUGGGAGGAGAACAACCGAAUCCUCUCCGGAACACCGACGGCGGGCAGCGAAAGCGGCGAGGUGAGCGUCACCGCUCACUAUGUCAACGGAGGCCAGCUUCACCAGCUCCAGCAUUCGUUCUACCUGCAAGUUGCCUCAAUCGCCGCCGACGAGCUGCAGGCCAAUGAUGGAGGCCCAGCGGCCAGCACCGGUGCCCUCGCGGCCGAGCUCGCGUCCGGCCUCAACUCGGCUUCUUCCGAACCGAGCGUGAACGUCGUGACGGGCAGCAUGCCUCCGGCUCAUGGCGUUGCACCGAUGCUCCCGCAAGCGAUGCAUCCGGGCUUGCCCCCGCCCGGCCACGCGUUCAUCAAUGGGCAGCCGCCGGCCAAUUUCCCGAGCGAAUCGAUCAACCACCAGAUCGUGGAGCCUUCGAAGGUGCCUGCCGUGUUGAACGCGAUCGCAUUCCCCUUCACGCCUCCCGUGCACGCCGAUGCGCGUCCGCAGUACUUCCAGUCGCUUGUCAACGAGGCUGCGAUGCUCACGCCGCAGCUUUCGGAUGUACCCGGCGCCAACGCUGAGGCUGGUCGAUCGAACUCUCAGCUUUCCUCUGCCUUGGCGUCGCCGAUGCCGCCGCAGCUGAACCCCAGCUCAUUCCCCGGCGGUGCUGGUGAGCAGCUGGUCGGUGCGCCGGCGAUGCAGGCUCCAGCCUCGUCGCAGGCACUCCAGCAGCAGCUGCAGUCGGGCCUGUCGAUGCCGCCACAGUCCGCACCGUUGGCUGCGUCGCAUCUCGAAUCGCAGCCGCCCAACGGCAAGGCGUCGAGCGAGGAGAUCCAAGUGCACCAGGUGCGCAGUCUGAUCGAACGCAAGCAGCAGGCGCAGGCGGCCAACUUUAUGCUGUCGAUCCCGUCGCGCAAAGCGGCGAUCGCCGCCGAUGCGGCGCGGCCAACGUCGGGGCAGACAACGCCGAUGUCUUCGAUGCCCUCGGACAUGGUAGCGCAGCUGCCAGCGCUGAGCUCGAUGCCUGCGAACGAGUCGAUGUCGAGCGGUUUGGCGCCAAACGCGAUCAACGGUGAAGCGACCCUGUCUCCCGCCCUCAACGUGGGUUUCGACGCUCUCGGCGAAGCUGGCAUGCAGCUCGGGCUUCAAAACGAGCAGGCAGCUCAGAUGCAGUCGGGCCAGCAGCACGGCGGAAACCACGCUUGA